UUGAACCCGAACCCUAGCUCGACUGCGGCAGCGCCUCCCCUUGUCUCGUUCCUCCCUCUUUCCAACGCACUCCCCUAUUGGCGCUACACCACCAUUCCGCCUCAUUAAUCCGACCUUCUCCGACGAGGCUAAGUAGGCACUCUCACUUCUCCUCAGAUUCGGCUCCGCGACUCACCAGGCAGCUUCCUUCCGCCAUCUCUGCGCCAUUUUUUUUCUGUUUAAAGCUCAACCGCCGACGCUCACCGAGAAAAGCUCUAUUCUCUGCAAUUGGCGACCAUCAGUCUGCAAAGUCAAUGCUGACUUGGUUCCAGAACUUGCAAAUUAGACCUGUUAGUAGAAGCGGCUGCCAGUGCAACCACCUUGAAUAAAUACAGGUGUUCCCAGUUACAAUCACACAACAAUUUCCAUGCCUUCUAUAGAUGAGCUUCACCAGGGGAAGAAGUUCAACAAGAAACGUAAGAACAGAUCAGACCCUUACGAAGCAGAGACGAACGCUAUCAAAGGCGAAGUUGGUGAACCUCAGUUGGAAAAAGUAGUAGUAGAUGGGAAUGGUGAUAGGUCUCCAAAAGAAUCAAGUGAGGAGCAUGAUGUUCAUGUGGAGAGUGAUGGAGACGAAGUCGUAGAAGGUUCAAAGGGGACUAUUGCUGCUACUAAGAUAAAGAAUAAAAAGAGUCAUGGGAUCUUGACUACUGACUCAUUCUCUAAUCUCCCGAUUUCCAAUCAAACCAUGAAGGCCAUCCAAGAGAUGGGUUUCCAACACAUGACACAGAUUCAAUCCAGAGCUAUCCCACCACUCUUGGUUGGGAAGGAGUUGAUGGGUGCAGCAAGGACAGGAUCAGGAAAAACACUUGCUUUCCUUAUACCUGCAGUUGAAUUGCUGCAUCAUAUUUGUUUUAUGCCUCGGAACGGGACUGGGGUCAUUAUUAUCUGUCCAACCAGGGAACUCGCCAUUCAAACACAUGCUGUUGCAAAAGAUCUAAUGAAGUACCAUUCUCAAAAACUUGGCUUGGUUAUUGGAGGGGCUGGACGAAAGGAAGAAGCUGAGCGUCUUGCUAAAGGAGUAAAUUUGUUGGUGGCUACUCCAGGAAGACUUUUGGAUCAUCUCCAAAACACCAAAGAAUUUAUCUACAAAAACUUAAUGUUUCUUAUAAUUGAUGAAGCUGAUCGAAUAUUGGAGGCAAACUUUGAGGAAGACAUGAAGCAAAUAUUUAAGAAAUUGCCAACGGCAAGACAAACUGCUCUAUUUACUGCUACCCAAACAAAGCAGGUUGAAGACUUUGCAAGCUUGUCAUUUAAAGAUAAGCCAAUAUAUGUUGGUGUCGAUGAUGGAAGGUCAAAGGUAACCGUCAAAGGGUUGCAGCAGGGGUAUUGUGUUGUCCCCAGUAACAAAAGGUUUCUGGUCUUGUAUGAUUUCCUUAAGCAAAAUCUUUCAAAAAAGAUAAUGGUCUUUUUCUCCUCCUGCAACUCGGUUAAGUACCAUACAGAGCUCCUCAGAUACUUACAAAUUGAUUGUCUCGACAUCCAUGGAAAACAAAAGCAGCAAAAGCGGACUACUACAUUUUUUGACUUUUGCAAAGCAGAAAAGGGUGUCCUGCUCUGCACCGAUGUUGCUGCCCGUGGGCUUGAUAUUCCUGCUGUGGACUGGAUUGUGCAAUAUGAUCCUCCUGAUGAACCAAAGGAAUACAUUCACAGGGUUGGUCGGACAGCUCGUGGGGAAGGUGGCAAAGGCAAUGCUUUGCUUUUUCUGUUGCCCGAAGAGUUGCAAUUCCUACUCUAUUUGAAGGAAGCAAAGGUACCUGUCAAAGAGGUUGAGUUUAAUGAAAAUAAGAUCUCGAAUCUUCAACCUCAUCUGGAGACCAUAGUCGGAGAAAACUACCACCUGUGCCAAUCAGCCAAGGAUGCCUAUAGGUCCUACAUCUUAGCCUAUAAUUCACAUUCAAUGAAGAAUGUUUUUGAUGCCCACCGCCUCAAUCUCAAGGAUGUGGCUUCAUCCUUUUGCUUUAGUUCUCCACCAAAGGUGAAGCUAAAUUUGCAUAGUAGUGCACCUAAGUUCAGAAAGAAGAUGAGUAAAACUGAUGGCCAUCGACAUGGUAGCAGUGCCAGUAAUCCUUAUGGAAGAUAGUUGAGUGAUGAUAAAAGGCAGUUUAUGUGCCAUUGAAGUUUACUAUUUUGGACGGAAGAAAUGUAAGAAUGUAUGAUCGAGUACAAAUUGAGUUCGUUAGUCAGAUUUGCAUUUAUCUUUAUCAUUAACGUGUAUAUAUUGCCAUUCCGAUAGCAGAGAGUUAAAGAGCUCUAUGUUAGAGUCAUACUGAUACAGCUACAAAUUUUGUUUUUAUGGAUAAAUUAAGAUUCAUGCUUGUUUUUGGAA